ACAAGUUCUCUUUGUCUAGGACCUGGUGAGUGAACUCCUGUCUGCAGGAAAAGCAACCAUCCUCUCUGUCUGAAUCUGACUGCAUAGCUGACCAUCUCUUGCUCCACUGCUUUAAAGGAGACACUAUAUGUCGACUAAAGUAAUUCCAAAGAAGUGAAACAGUUUGGCAUUCACCUCUGCACACGUAAUGGCACAACAAGUUCAGACGAUGGAAGACAGACAAUUCUGCUGUGCUGUGUGUCUGGAUAUACUCAAGGAUCCGGUGACUAUUCCCUGUGGACACAACUACUGUAUGAGCUGUAUUGAAACCUACUGGAAAGCAGAAAAUGUAAAAGGAACCCACAGCUGUCCUCAGUGCAGACAGGCUUUCACACCGAGGCCUAUCCUGGUGAAAAACACUAUGUUAGCAGAGUUAGUAGAGAAAAUGAAAUACCUCCAGCCUAUCUAUGAUCCCCCUGCCUUUGAAAAGCACAAGCUGGUAGAUUUUUCGAAGGUGUUGAAAGUGAACACCUGUUCAGUUCACAAUGAGGUGAUGAAGGUGUUUUGCCGCACUGAUCAAAUGUGUGUCUGUUGUCUCUGUUGGAUAAAUAAACAUAGAGGACAUGAAACAGUUCCAGUUGAAAAAGAAAGGACAGACAAAGAGAAAGACCUGGAGGUAAUUCUGAAAGAAGUCCAGCGGAGAAUCGAGACCAGAAAGAAGGAAGAAGGAGUGCUUGAGAAAGAGAUGGAGGGGAUCAAACUGUCUGCUGAUACAGCAGUGAAGGACAUUGAGAUGACUGUUGAUGAGCUGGUGAGUUUCAUCAAAGAAAACGGCUCAAAUUUAAAGCAGCAGAUCAGAUCCCAGCAGAAAGAUGAAAUGAGUCGAGUCAAAGAGCUUCAGAAGAAGCUGGAGCAGGAGAUCACUGAGCUGAGGACGAAAGAAGAGGAGCUGAAGAAGCUUUCAAACACAGAGGACCACACCGAAUUUCUACUCAGGUACUCCAUGAUGCCCAUAUUCAUUGACUCUACAGAUUCACCAAGCUUUAAAAUCUGUCAGGUUAAGUACUUUGAGAGGCUUCAAAUGGUGAUAUCAGAAGCCAGAGAUAAACUCACAGCAUUUCUGUGUGAUGAACUGUGGAAGAUCUCUCUGGCAGUGAGGUCAGUGGAUGUUUUGCUGCCACAAAGCGAUCCUAAGACCAGAGAUGAGUUUUUAAAACAUGCAUGUCAACUCACGCUGGAUCCAGAUACACUGCACCUAAAACUCUCUCUAUCUAAUCAGAACAGAACUGUUACAGACAUGCUUCGAGAUCCAGAUAAUCCCUGUCUUAAGAACAGGGACAGGUUUUCCAUCCAGCAGCAGGUCCUCAGUAAAGAGAGUCUGACUGGACCUUGUUACUGGGAAGUGGAGUGGAAAGGGAGAGGUCUUUCAGUAGCCGUAACAUAUAAGAAUGAGAAUAAACUGGAUCAAACUGCAUUUGGAAGCAAUAAUAAUUCUUGGGCAUUAGAUUGUUACAAGGACAGUUAUAAAUUCAGACACAACAACAUGACAACUCGCCUCUUAGGCCCUUCUUCCUCUAAAAUUGGAGUCUAUAUGAAUCCCAGAGCAGGUAUUCUGUCCUUCUACAGCCUCUCUGACACCAUGACCCUCCUCCACAGAGUCCAGACCACAUUCACUGCACCGCUCUAUGCUGGACUGUGGAUUUGGGGGGGGUAUUUUACUUCAACCACUGCUACAUUAAAUGAGAUACAGUAAAAUACUGUUUAACUGAUUUUGCCUUUAUUUGUUAUAUUUUUUUAUGAUGUGAUAUCAAGGGUUUGUAUGGGUGCUUGAAAUCCUUGAAAACACUGGAUUUUAAUAUUGUCUUUUCAAGGUUUGAAAAGUGCUUGAAUUUCAGAUGUGGACCUCAAAACUGCUUGAAACUGUAACUGUAUUUCAUUAACAACAAAUGACUAUCUGAUUGAACAGUUUUUUGCUUGUUUGUUUGUUGUUGUUUAUCAGAUAGAGAAAUAAAAUGAGUCGCAAAGUCUAAAAAACCCCCAUUUCUCCACCUGGGCUGCCUUGCUCCUCUGCGUGUCUGUUUCAGUGUGUGACACCCGCCCCGAACAGUCGGGAAUGAGUGCAAUAACAUGCCUGGAGGUUGCAGUUUUUAAUGAGCGUUUGCUGGAAAACGACAAAUACAAAUCAUGGAAAAGACAACGACCAAAUCCACCUGAAAGGUCUGCAAAAUGAUUUGCGCCUUUUCAGAAUGGGGGAGUUUGCAUAAGUCCUAGUAAAUAUUUUUCGAGUAUGUGUACGUUACACAUUCUAAUUUUUAAAAUUAUUACUAUUUUUUUGUUAGCUAGCAAACUCACAGGAUAAACUAUUGAAAUGCAUUGCGCGUGAUGCAAUAUGGCAACGCUAGUAUAGCAGUUAGUUAUGGUAUGGUAAUUUAUGAAAUAAGUGGCAAUAUGAGGGACUGAUCCAUAUGGGCGCAAAGAAUAGCCACUUUUUUGUGUUACUGAGCUUCCCUGACUUUCACUCAAAAUCUGUUCUCGUGAGCACCUACACAUUAGACACCUUAAACAUUAGAAAUGGCUUUGAAUUCACAUUGAGGCCUGUGGGACACUAUUACCAACUGAGGCAAUAUACAAAUUUAUGUGUUUUCGUAUAUGAAUAUUUCAUACUUUAAGGCUGCCUGUUUAUUUAAGGGAGAUGAACAAAAUACAUUAUAAUUGUACAUAAUAAUAUCACAGAUGACAGAUUAAAUAAAUAGGUUUUAGAUAGAUGCUUGUGCAUUCUUAGUCUUAUAUGUUGAACUGAACUGAGUAUGUCAUUUGUUCAAAGCCUCUCCCAGUCAGUUCUGUUCUCCAUGCCUGUCUUACUGUACAUGAUGUUAUUAGUACAAAUACAUUAAAGGUGGUAAAUUAAGACUUUAACAAUAAUACAGAGAGCGAUGUAGUCAGAUAUCUUACAGUUAGUUUUAUUUUUUGUGUCAUAUAGGAAAGAAACAUUUGUGGCUGUUUUGUGGCUGUUGUUUUUUAUUUUCAACAGGAGAUGAAUACCUCUAACAAGUUGGGUUUUUUUUUUCACAUUUGGACAUCUUAAUUUUUAAGUGAAAUGUGUGUUUUGAGUUUAUUCACUAUAGGCAACCUUUUCCUUUUGCAGUAUUUUUGUGUGGUGCAUUUUUCUAUGUUUUAACAAAAGGGGAACAAAGGUGUUUAAGUCAACCUAGGAUGAUUUGUUUUAAUUUUCACGUGAUCUUACUGAGGUGAUGCGAAGUGAAACAUGCAUUGUUUUUUGGGUAAUGUGUUGGAAAAGCUUUAAAAUGGACCUUGAAAAUACUUAAAAAGUGUUUGAGUUUGACCCUGAAAAAGGUGUAUAAUAUAAAAUGGUUUGUAUAAUCUUCAAAAAUGCUGACUUAUUUUACAGUCUGUAUGGAAUGUGACAAAGUCUAUAACGUAAUAGAAAGAUUGCUUUGGUGAUGAGAAAAAGUGAAUUAAUACCAUAAAUAAAGUUUUGUAAUU